GGAGCCCGGGUCCGUCCCUCUCCUCACCCCCCGUUAGGGGCUGGCUCGCUGCUUUAAUUUUGACUUUUUUUUUUUUUUUUUUUUUUUUUUAAUUGGUAAUCCUUCGGUGGGGGGCUUCAGCGGAAGCUACGGUCCUUCACGAUGAGUUUUCUGCUGCCCAAGCUGACCUGUAAGAGGGAGGUGGAUCAGGCGAUAAAAAGCGUGGCGGAGAAGGUUUUGGUUCUCCGGUUUGGAAGAGAUAACGAUGCUGUUUGUCUGCAACUCGAUGAUAUUCUUGCAAAGACAGCUCAUGACCUAAGUAAAAUGGCAGUCAUCUACCUGGUGGAUGUGAACAACGUUCCCGUGUACACCCAGUAUUUUGACAUCAGUUAUAUUCCUUCUACUGUAUUUUUCUUCAAUGGACAGCACAUGAAGGUUGAUUAUGGGUCUCCAGAUCACACGAAAUUUGUAGGAAGCUUCAAAACAAAACAAGACUUUAUAGAUCUGAUUGAAGUGAUUUACCGUGGAGCAAUGCGUGGAAAGCUCAUUGUAAGAAGUCCUAUUGAUCCCAAUAACAUUCCUAAAUAUGACCUUCUCUACCAAGGAAUUUAAUGAGUUGGCCUGAGAUAAAGAAUUGUGGAACUGGCAGAUAUUCUAGAUAACUUUUUAAGAAUUUUUAGUGACUUCUGACACCGUGGGACAUUUCAAGCAUUUGCAUUGAAGGAUCAUAUUGGUCUCCUUCUGAAGACAGAUGUUCUGUCACCUAAUAGUUCUCUCAUAAAUAAAGCUACGUGUUCAACAUGUAGAAUGCAUGUCUAUGAACACCAAGCCACCGUAGCCGUGGGCAAUGAAGGCCACGUUCUUGGCUGCACUCUUUGAAAUGAAGUGAUCCCAUACAUACAUGGUGUGCUCCUCAGGGCUGCUGCUGCACUGCUUGGGGAUCCACUGGCGGGACUGUGUAGAAGUCAGUGAUUCUUCUCCAGCAGAAAAACUUAGCCUCUCCCUUUCCAUCUUCAGGUCAACAAGGUUGUCAUUGGGAUUCAGUACGAUCACUCCCCCGUGGUUCUGGAGGGCCAUUUUGAUGAAUGGUAUUUGAGUUCCGUGGUUCAGGCCCUCCCUGAUGAUUGUCUUUUGCCCCCACUGCCCAGCACGAAAAACUCCACGGUCCUGAAGAAGAACAAUUAUGCUAGAGGAACUUGUUAGUGCUUUCUCACUCAUAAAAAAGAAACUUCUUGGUUCAUCCUCUGUAGCAUCAGUAGGAAUAUAAACUUUCUGCAGUGCGCAGACUCUUUCUAGGAGCUCAUAAACAUAUUGGGUAAUCAGAUGUCCCAAGACUUGAUAGCGUUCAUGAUUCCUCUCAUGUGAAUUCUUGUAAUAAUUGAAAACAAAGGACUCAUUUGUGUCCAGAUGCCUCAGUUCCCCUUUUAUAUUGAAGUCAUACUUCAGCUGCUCUUGAUACUCUGAACCCCCUACUAGUUUCCACAAGUUUAGUUCAUGCUCUGUUUUUAACCACUGCAAAUUAAGAAGACUAUGUCAAUGUAAGGAUAGACCUCCGUACAACAGUUACAUACAGAAGAUCUGUAGUAAUUAAUGUUUAAAAGCAGUUACAUACCAAGCAUUCAUUGUUGGUGGUGGUCUGUAGUAAGCCAGCUGCUUGUAAAGCAUUUGCUAAAUUUCAACAGCAGUACCUUGAUGUUAAUCUCUCUGGUUAUUAGUUUAUCUUUGUAAGCAUUUGCCAUAUGGAAAUUAUGGAAUCAAUGAGAGAAUAAAUAAGCCAUUGUGACCCAGGAACAAGGAGAAAAUAAAGUCUAUACAGCAGUUUUUCAUGAGAUUAUACUAUUGCCUCUGGUUUCAACUAAAGUAGUUUUUCAAUACAUGUGACUGAUCAGCAGAUAAGAAUUAUACCAGGAAGAAGUUUGCAUCCCACUGAAUAUUCUAGCUUAUCAUAACCUUCUAUUUUUCCAAUAACUCUUCAAGUCUCUUCAAUCUACUACUGUCAUUGCACAUGUAAAAUGGCAAACAUGAGGUUACCUUUGGUGUGGUUAGAUUCCUACUUCUGUAGGAUUUUUUGUCUAACAGCAGAGAUUUGCUAGCAUUCAAUUCCCAGAAAUACAUGCAUUUUUGAACUGUGUUUAUCAUUUAACGCACUGAUUGAAUUCUGGCAAAUGGUUUAUAUGAAGUUACAUUUGGCAAAUACAUCAGUACAAGACAAUAUAUCUUUCAGGUUUUUUUGAACUAUCAGGAUCACUGAGAAUGCAAUAAAUCACAUUGAUUAUGUUAAAACUACAACAUUUGGUAUUGGUGACAGAAAGUGAUCUGAAAACUUCUGUAAAUGGCUUGUGUUAUAGCUCAACUCCUUUACAGGAUGCAAGUUUUCUUCGGUAAGCUCCUUAGCACAUUGAAAAUUAGCUCUUACGCAUCCAAAUU